CAAGGAGUGAGGCAGCCAAUAACGACUUUGAGGGCAAAGGGCAGACGUACACCUUGCUGAACACACCAGCAACUCCCACGGCAAACACAAGUGGUCCUUUCUCUGUGGGGCCGCCAGUCGUUGCUUGUUGUGACCUUUGCUACCUGAGAAGGGAGGAAACCGACGUCACAAUGUACAGGAGACACUGCCACAUCAGCUCUCCGUUCCCAGAGAGACGCUAUGUUCCCCUCGCAGAGCCGUGAAUUUUCCAUAACAUAAUCAGGAAAUGAUGCUCCAAGCCCUGGCCACCAACCCCUGCCUGCGGCUGAUCCAACGGAACCAGACAUGCUGGUGCUUUGCCCUCUUGAUGUUGGGCUACCUGCUCUUCCUUCUGAUAGGGGCAGCCAUAUUCUCAUCGGUGGAGCUGCCCCACGAACACGUUCUCCGGGAGGAGCUGCUGGACUUAAAGCAUCGCUACCUGCAGGAGAAUGAGUGCCUGAGCGAGGAGAGGCUGGAGAGCUUCCUCAGCCGAGUACUGGAGGCCAGCAAUUACGGGGUGUCCAUGCUGAACAAUGUCUCUGGGAACCCCAACUGGGACUUCACCUCUGCCCUGUUCUUUGUUAGCACGGUGCUCUCCACUACAGGGUAUGGGCACACAGUGCCGCUCUCUAACGCAGGGAAGACCUUCUGUAUCAUUUACUCUAUCAUCGGGAUCCCUCUGACACUGCUCCUGUUCACUGCGCUGGUGCAGCGGAUCAUGGUGCACGUGACCCACAGGCCCAUUUCCUACUUCCACCUCCGCUGGGGGUACAACAAGCAGACUGUGGCCGUCGUUCACGCGCUGGUCAUUGGGUUUGUGGCCAUUUUGUGCUUUUUCCUCAUACCGGCCGCAAUUUUCUCGGCUCUCGAAGAUGAUUGGAAUUUCCUAGAGUCGUUUUACUUCUGCUUCAUUUCUUUGAGCACCAUCGGCCUGGGAGACUAUGUGCCCGCGGAGGGGCAAAACCAGAGGUACCGCCAGCUGUACAAGUUCGGCAUCACUUGUUACCUGAUAUUGGGCCUCAUUGUGAUGCUUGUGGUUCUGGAGACUUUCUGUGAGCUGCAGGGGCUGAAGAAAUUCCGAAAAAUGUUCUACAGGAAGAAAAUGAAAGAGGGAGACCAAUUAAACAUCAUAGAACACGAUCAGCUGACCCUCGCCUCCAUUUCAGAGCAAGCGGCGUCCUUAAAGGAGGAACAAAUGCUGGACGAACACUCUGUGCCCGAUGGCCCACUAAAUAGUGAUUAGUAGGACAGACUGGCGCUCGUUAUGGAUCCCAUUAAUUAUAUAUACUGUCUCAUUCUUCAUUAAAGGAGAGGGUCUGAUUAAAAAGAACUUAUGGCGUGACAAGGACGGGGGUGUUCCGAUCCCAUGUGCAGUUGACCUGCAUUUUAUUUUUAUUGAACUUUUUAUUUCCUAGUGAUGUCUUUGUUUGAGUGGUUGCUAGCGUCACUUUCCCUAGCAACAUACCUAAGGGAAAUGAAUGAAUAGGAACUAGAGCAGAGAAAUGAAAGAGAAAGUGAUUAGCAAUAAAAGCCUCACCACUA